UUCGCAUUUGUCUUGUCGUUCUCUCACUCACACUCUCUCUAUCUCUCCCUCUAAAUUCUCCAAACGAAGCGAGCAUAUUCUGAAGAAUCUACAAAAGCCCAAAAACAAUUUUAUGCUGUGCUCUUUGGGGAAUCUUGAGUGCAAAAACAAACAACAAUGACGACAGCCAAAUGGAUUGGGGCUCGGAUCUGGCACAUCUUGCUGGUUUUGUGCGUUGCCGUUACCGCAGAGAUGCCCGGCGGUUAUCGUCGCGAGAUUUGCCAGUACCGCAAGGGCAGACAGAUGCAGCCGACGAGCGCGUAUCGCAGCCGCUUGCUGGCGAUGCGAGAGCAGAUGUUGAUACGCGCCACGCUGGAGGGCCCGGAGAUUUAUGGCUAUAUACUGCCCUCCACGGAUGAGCAUCUGAAUCAGGAGGUGGCGACACGCGAUCAGCGUCUGCUCUAUCUCAGCGGCUAUACGGGCAAUCGGGCCGUGGCGGCGGUUACGCAGGGCGGCGCCGCCAUUUGGCUGGAGCAUCGCUUUGUGCAGCAGGCGGAUGGGGAGCUGGACUGCGAUUGGCAGAUUUAUUUGGCGGGCGGCAAUGUCAGCCUGGCCGACUGGCUGGCCGGCCAGCUGCACAUGAACAAGCGCAUCGGCGCCGAUCCGCAGCUGGUGCCGCAUCAUCUAUGGAUCACCUGGGAGCGUCAGCUGGCCGAUAAGUUUCUCAAGCUGAUCAAGAUCAACAGCAAUCUGGUCGAUAUGAUUUGGGAUGCGGAACGACCCGAGCCACCCAAGGAUCAUGUCAUACAAGUGCAAACGCUCGACUUUGCCGGCGAGAAGUGGGAGGACAAGGUGAACGAGCUGCGCCGGCGGCUGGCCCAUCUGGGCUGCGAUGCCAUGAUUGUCACCUCACUGACAGAGAUCGCCUACUUACUUAACAUUCGUGGCACGGAUAUACCCUACACGCCCGUCGUCAAGUCCUUUGCCAUUGUCAGCCAGGAUGAGAUUUUCUUCUAUGUGGAUCACGGCAAGAUCAGCCUUGGCAUCGAUCUGCAUCUGCGCACCGACUGCUACAACGAGAACUGCGUCAAGAUUAAGAAGUACAAGCAAAUUUGGAGCGAUAUACGAACCUAUGUGCAGGUCUGGAAGCGUGUACUGGUGCCGGGUCCCUGCGUCCAGGAGCCGGGUGCCUCGGAGGCCAUUUACUCGGCCGUGCCCGCCAAGAAUGUUGUGGAGCACAUCUCGCCCAUCAUCUUUAUGCGCGCCCAGAAGAACUCCGAGGAGCAGGAGGGCAUGCGUAUGGCCCAUAUACGCGAUGGCGCCGCCAUUUGCGAGACAAUGAGCAAUCUGGAGACCAGAUUCUACACGGAACAAUGGACCGAGGAGAAGAUCAAGUACGAGCUGGAGCUGUGGCGUCUCUCCCAGAUCCAUGCCAAGGGCCUGUCGCUGCGCACCGUGGUUGCCUACGGCGAGCACUCGGCCCUGCCCUACUACAUAUCCAGCAAUGUGACCAACAUCGAGGUCUCCGAUCAGAGUCUGCUGGUCAUCGAAUCGGGCGGCCAGUAUCUGGAGGGCACCACCGACGUGUCGCGCACCUUCAUCUUUGGCGAGCCCACGCGCGACAUGAAGCGUGCCUAUACGGCCGUGCUGGCGGGCAUUCUGCACAUUUCGGAUCUGAUAUUUCCCGCCUCGGUGAAGCCAUCCGGGCUGGACAGCGUGGUGCGCGCCAAGGUCUGGCACGAGAUGACCGACUAUCCGCAGGCAACCGGACACGGCAUUGGCGCCUACGGCUCCGUCGAGGAGCCUCCCAUCUCGGUGGCCUAUGGCCAGAACAGCAGCUUCCACUUCAAGCAGGGCUACUUCUUCUCCAGCGAGUCCGGCUUCUAUAAGCGCGACGAUUACGGCGUACGCAUCAAGAACGUGCUGGAGGUGCUCGACACGGGCAAGACAACGACCAGCGGCGAGCACUUUUUAGCAUUCCAAUCGGUCACCCUGGUGCCCUACGAGCCGAAACUGAUCGAUGGCUCCAUGCUGAGCUCCGACGAGAAGCGCAUGCUUAACAAAUACAAUGCCAAGAUACGCAAACAAAUUGGCGACGAGCUGAAGAGACUCGGCAACAUGAAGGCCUUCUACUGGAUGAUGAACAAGACGCGACACAUACGCGAAUAUCUGCCCGAGGAUGAGUAUCGUGCCGCAAUGGGCGGCACCUGCCCUAGCCACGCCCAUCUGCCAUUGCUGGCCCUGACGCUGAUAAUCCUGUUGGCCUUCAUCCAGGCCGAGUGGCGUCCAUAGACGAGAUCUAGAUAAGUUCGUGUGUGCGUGUGCGUGUGUGUGUGUGUAUGCGUGUGCGUGUUUGUGUGUAAUUAGUUUUAGUUAGCAAUGCAAAUUAAUCGAAGAGAGAAUCUGGGACUAACAAUUACACAAAAAAUACCAUUAUUAACUGUUAGCAUCUAUGAAAGUUGCUCGGCUCGAUCCUUGAAUUCCAUCCGCAUCCUGUUGCUUAACUUAAACCAAUGCGAAUACGUAAUUAAACUGUAUAAAAUUACUUAACUACAAUUAAAUUACCAAAAAUAUAUCUGUUAAUUUUCGUAUAUUAAUAUAUAAACAAUAUUUAUCUUAGUUAAGAGAUAACGCUGUAUAUUUUUCUAAAUGUGAUUAAACGU